UGCUUACCGUACAAAAUCAGUCAAAAAGUGGUCUUACAGGCAUUGUGAUUUAAAGUAACUUUCUUUAGUACCACUGACGUACGUGCUUGAAUCAAUGCUAGCAAGCCGGAUGCUCGGUGAACGCAAGUCCGAGCGACAAGUGCUCGGAUACGUCCCCAGCUUGAGGCGUGAAGGGCCAUUAACGAUGCAGGAUCUUCGUCGCUUUGAGCAGGAUCGCUACAUCCUUCAAGUCCGCCAGGAUAUUAUUGACGAGCAGCAGCAGAAUGCACAGGGAUUACCGUCAGACAAGUGGAAAUCAAUUGAGGUCGAAGCAUUUCAAGUCAAUCGUACCAAGAAGGCCGUACAGAAGGACUCUGAACUGGACAAGCCACUCACCGAGACCGAGAAUGCGCUCAAGUUCGGACUCUUUUGCAUGACACUCAUGUACUUCCGAGGCUUAUCCUUGCUCAAGAAACAGAAGACUGUCUGGUCCGUCUCGGCAGCAAAGCGUAGUGCCGAGCCGCCGAAAAGUGCCGAACGUCUUCGUAUGGACAAAGAGAAGAGGAACGUGGAGCUGCGAACUCGUAAGGCAGCGUUCUACGACGAGAAGGCUCGAAUCGGCCAAGCUCGCAAGCAGAAAUUCCACGAACAAAAGUUGGCGGCCUACAGGAAGCGCUUGGUGGAUGAAAACCGCAAGGUCAAGAGAGAGAGGUCAGCAGCCAUCAACAUCCAGCGCGUGUAUCGUGGCCACUUGGGCAAAAUCGCAGGGAAAAAGUGGAUGCUGCGUCGACGAGAGAUCGACGCUCAACGCGCUCUGGAUCAUGCGGCUGCAAUCACGUUGCAGCGAGCCUACCGUGGUCGUCUUGGCCGCAUCGCAGCCGAAGACCAGCGUGUGGAGCUGGCCGAGUUCAUUUCACAGAUCCGAGCAGAGGAGGCGAUUGCCGAAGAGGAGGAGUACUGGGAGAGCCACAGAAUGGAGCGCUUAGCUCGGAAGGUCGCAGCUUUCGUCAAGAGAGAGGCCUAAGUUCGCCAAACUACAAGUACGUUGUAACAGUGAAUUGUUUAGUAGGGCCAUGGAGCUUUUCUCUCUUACCCGAGGUUGAGCUAAGGCUGUUCGGCAAAUGGUAAGGUAAGGCUGACCAGCUUCACCAGUUCUUCAGCCUUCUUGCGACGGUUCUGCGUUUGUUUGGAUACACGUGUCCAUUUCUCGCCGUGAUGAGGGUCCGCGGUUACAGCACGCUUUAUGAUCUUCUCCGCUGCCUCCUUCGAGCCGUGUUUUAACUCGAACAGAUAGUAAUGAGCCCACGCAUCUCCGAAAUCUGAGUCCAACUGAAUAGUUCGUUCCAACCACUUGCGCGCCUUCGAGUAUUUGCGCUCUUGCCAG